CUCUCCCUCCGUAUUUUGAAUUUGUGUUUGUUUAGAGAAAUGCAACUAACCCCCAUAAGCGGGCACCUCCUCCCGCCAAGCCUUCAAAAGAGGGAUUCGCCGUUUCCUUCUUGCCCUGACCAUGCCCACUCGGUUUCUCUGCGCUUUGAUGGGGGAGGUGUCUUUUAAACAAGUGACAAGUGUCUAGUGUGCAGGAAGCCCGCGGCGUCUCUAGCUCACUGUUGCAAGAGAUUGGAGUGCUCCGGGGCCUAGAACUCAGCCUUGGGUCCUCUAACAAACGGACCCCUCUGAUUUGCCUUCAAGAAGCAUCCCAUAGGUUUCCCCCUUUCUCCAAAGCAUCCCAAAUUUCCCCCCUUUCUCCAUCCUGGGCUGGUCAGUUAUGGGGGAGUGAUAAGAGAAUGCGUCCUUAGUCAAAGACACUGAGCACAGAAGAUAAAAGCAACAGAGCUUUUAGUAAUGUCUGUCCGGACCCUAGAGGAAACACCCGAGUUCAGAGUGCCCUCUCCUCCCACGCCACCGGGUCUUGAAAGCAAAUCCCAAACAAACUUCCCAGCCAGUCAGCUCCAAAAAGGUGCGGGGGCCACUGGCUGGAGGAGCAAUCGCCCACUGCAAAGCUGUCUCAGUGACAGAGGAUCAGGGUGUCCAAAAGCAGGUUGCCAAGAAACCACCUCAGGUGAAAUGCGGAGAGGGGGAAUGGGGAAAAGGAACAGAAGAGUAGAAACCUGAAAAGUGAGGAUUCGCAUAAGGACAACCACAGGUCCCUGGGCUAGUUUGGGGAUAGAUGGCAGACACAGUGGUUCUUCUAGGGUUUUAUAUUUUAAAAUGAUAAUUCAGCCUACCCGCCGCACAAGCGCUACAAGGCCCGAGCGGUUUCUGGUGCCCCCUGGUGCCGGGAACUCAGAAUCGGUGAGCAGCGGUUUGGCAGUCGCUACCGUGGCUUUCCGCGCAUCCUUUAACCCGGAGUCCUGGGACCCACCGGGUGCCCACGUGCGCCGCACAAUCCUUUUGCUUUGCUGGGAUGAGUUGGUCCCAGAUGCAGAGAGGAACCAGCUUUCCAAGCCCGAGAGAAAACGAGGGGUCACUUGGCAGAGCCAACCUCAGAGUGAAAAGCUUGGGCUCCCACAAGAGCCGGUGCCUUAAGCUAUUCUCACGCGCCGCAAAGGCCAGGCGUGGCAGGGACAGAUCCAGCCGAUGCUUUGGGUGGACAGCAACAAAGAGAUAAGCAGAGAUGGAUGCCUCGAGGAGGGGCCCAGAUGGAUUCAUGGGAAGAACCUCCUAGGAGACGCAAACCCCAUCUUUUGACCGGAGGGAAUGGGGAGAGCAAGUGUCACCAACUAAAGCGCGGCUUGGAAAGAAGCCGGCCUCGCAGCUCUCAGCAAAGAGCGCGGCGGCUCAGUCUCGGGAUGGGAGGGAACGCUUUCGGGGUGCCCAAGGCUCCCGGCCUAGGAUGAGAUGGAGAGCCUCCUCUGGCGAGGCGGAGAGGGAAUGUUCCAGUGUUUCCCUCCUUUGCCAACGUCGCCACACUUCUGAUUGAGACUCUCCACGUCCAAUUUUAAAAGCCCUCCGUAAGCCAAACUGGGAAAAGGGGAAAAACCCUCUUAAUGCGGAAGGGAAAUCUGGUGCCUCCGCAGCUUCCUGCUGCCGGGCACGGCGAUCCGGGACAGCGCCUUAACCCCGCGCCUCCCUGCUGCUUGGGAUCGCCAGCCAUUUCGCACGCACCCGGGAGCUGGCAGAGCUGGCACCCGGGAGGAGGCGGGAGGCCUCGCCUUCCCCCGCUCCCAGCUCGCGAAGCAAGCGCCUCUGCACUGCCUAGGAGUUUUCCUGGGCCUGCGCGCCGCCGGGAGGGACCCAGAGGCGUCUUUUUCCCUCCUCUGGGGUGUACAAGCCAGCCCGCGCAGCCGGAACCUCGGCGCUGUGUGGUUCUGUCGCUUCCCAAUCUCCGAGUCCAACAGCUGCGGAGACAACAGACGCCCAAGGGAUGGAAAAUGAAUUCGUCUCCGCAGCGGUGGGAGGUGCCGCCGCUGGACGGGAUUCUAAGAUGAAGUUAUGGGAUGUCGUGGCUGUCUGCCUGGUGUUGCUCCACACCGCGUCCGCCUUUCCGCUGCCCGCCGGUAAGAGGCUUCCCGAGGCGCCCACCGAAGACCGCUCCCUUGGCCACCGCCGCGCGCCCUUCGCUGCCCUGACCAGUGACUCCAAUAUGCCUGGAGAUUAUCCUGACCAGUUUGAUGAUGUCAUGGAUUUUAUUCAAGCCACCAUUAAAAGACUGAAGAGGUCACCAGAUAAGCAAGUGGCAGCGCUUCCUCGAAGGGAGAGGAAUCGGCAGGCCGCAGCUGCCAGCCCAGAGAAUUCCAGAGGGAAGGGCCGCAGAGGCCAGAGGGGCAAAAAUCGGGGGUGUGUCUUAACUGCAAUACACUUAAAUGUCACUGACUUAGGUUUAGGCUACGAAACCAAGGAGGAACUGAUCUUCCGGUAUUGCAGCGGCUCCUGUGAUGCGGCCGAGACAAUGUAUGACAAAAUAAUAAAAAACCUAUCUCGAAGCAGAAGACUAGUGAGUGACAAAGUAGGCCAGGCCUGUUGCCGACCGGUCGCAUUCGACGACGACCUGUCGUUUUUAGACGAUAACCUGGUUUACCAUAUUCUAAGAAAGCAUUCCGCUAAACGGUGUGGCUGCAUCUGACUCCGGCUCCAGAGACUGCUGUGUAUUGCAUUCCUGCUACAAGUGCACAGAAAGGGACCAAGGUUCCCAGGAAAUGUUUGCCCAGAACGGAAGAUGAGGACCAAGGAGGCGGAGGCGGAGAAGGACGAAGAGGGAGAGGAGGGAGAGACGGAAGAAGGCAUCCAUCGUGGGAGCCUGGUAGAAGAAGGCCCAGCUACAGAAAACUGGAUAGGAGUGAGAACAGCCGUCUGAGCACUCCAGGAUGGCAGGUGAUGUCACCAGAAGCUCAGGGCUGGUGUCCCUGCUUAGCUGUUGCCAGCGUUUAUCUGAUAACAGUCCAUGGUCACCGAUCGCGGUCCGAGUCGCGGAUGCAUGCAAAGAACCAAGCCAGCCAGCGUAUCUCCUGUGGUUCGUUAUCACGUGUCUGAAGACACCGGGGGAAAUGUGAUGAUUCUGGUGUCACCUCUUGUCACUACGUUUUACUGAUGAAAAUAAGAAAGCUGUAUUUUCCUGUCACUCAACGGAUUCACACCCUGGAAAGGAGAGGGGAAGAGGGACGGAAGCAGAGGCACAGAGAGAUCAUACCCUUUGAAAACUGAGGCCUGAGGUUUACUAUAUCCAGCGUUGGGGGGCGGGAGGGAUGCUUGGUGGUUGAUUUUGAACACCGUGUAUGGAGUAAGGGAGAAGUUGGCUAGGAACCCAAAAGGCUGUCCUCCUGCUUAAAAACAAACCAGAAGGCAUUUCCUUGAUGUCCUCGGAAACAGGAAGCAAGUUGUGGUUAUCGGCAGCAUUCUCCUAGGAGAGCUAGUGCGGAAGGGCCCCCCGGCUGCCCCCAGCAGGGAGACCUCGGGGCCUGUCGGUUUACAGAGACUGACGUUACAUACACAGCUUCAUUUAUGCGUGGUCACCAGUGACCAGAGAAGCUACUCGAUGCAAUGCAUCUGUUUCAAAUACAGAGAUAUAGAGAAGAUAUUUAUUGAGAUUUAAGUUAUUGUUAUUUAUUACCAUUCACUAAUGAAUUUCUCUCUUCUUCCCUUAUUUAUUAAAGUCUCUUUUCAAAGGUGCCAAAGUAUAUGUGCUCACAAAAUACAAAAAAAAAAAAAAGGGACAAAAGGAAAUACUAAUUGGGAACAAGGGUCCAUGCUCUUCAAAGUAUUAAAAGGGUUUUCGCUAGGCAAAAAUCACUUACUUUACCUUUAUAAGACAAUCCUUCACUAACUGCCCCAGAUUUCCCCCUCUUUUUGUGGACAGGGUCUCUUGUGGCCUAGGCUGACCUUGAACUUACUGCUUGGUCAAGGGUGAGCUUGGCUUUCUGAUCCUCUGACUUCCUGUGGUGUUGGAAUCUCAGACACCACACCAUAGCUCCACACCCACACGAGGGAUGGAAGUCAGGGCCUCAUCCCUGCUAGGCGACUCCACCCCAGCCCCUGCUGCUUUUUAUCUGUUAAAGGAGCAUCUCAGCCCUGCCCCCUCACUGGCAGUCCCAGUGCUGAUGCCACCCGGCUCCAUCUCAUCCUUGCUCCGCCCACUGAGCAGAGAGCCCCCUCCCCCCAGCUCCACUGUCUCUUCUGUCAAGCUCUACUUCCCGUCCACAUGUGUGACAUCAUAACCACAUAUACAGAAGGCUGAAUUCCCCUUGGUAGUCCUGGACUUACUGUCACCCAAAGGUGAAAUGAAGGACAUGCCAGGCAGCCAAGGCUUAUCCCUGCCUGGUGGCACCUCUGCCUCCAUUCUUGCCCACCCGCCUACCUCCUCCCUUGGAGGCACACAGGCAGGAGCACAUGGGGAAUCUUGCCGGGAGAAGCUAUCGGCCUUGUCCCUGGCUGGGGCUCAGUUGUCACCUGGGUUCAACAUUUGGGAUCACUUCUAAUCCAAUGGGUUAUAGAAGAAAGACUGGAAGGAAAGAUUGUGGCGUCUAACUGGCCACAGGACAUAUGAGGCCCAUCUUCAUGGUGUAGAGGGGAGAGGAAGUAGAUGGUGGGAAUGGCACCUCUAACUGUCCCCACAGUGUACCCAUCUAGCAGCUGGCAUGUUAGAGUCCUAUGUUAGAGCUUGUUACACAGUUCAUAAAUGGAAUUUUUAUGCAGAAAUUAAUUUAUCGCUUCCUUCAUGGCUGCCAUCCCCCAAUGUAGGACCAAUUGGCCUUUCUUAAAUAAUCACGUCAAAACUUCAAAGUAACCAAGAGGUAAAAGUUGCUGGACAUCCCCCUCUGCCCCCGACUUCCAUGGCCCUAAAGACCCAAGUUAUGUAUGGUUCCACGCCCUCUGCAGGACUAGGAAAUGGAGGCCAGGGCCGCUCUCUCAUCCUCUCCUGCUCAAAAUGGCGAUGCCCUCAGCUGCCUGGCACGAUUCAGAUGUAGUUCAGGAUCCCCUGUUCAAUCCAGAGAAUCCUGGCAGAUGGGGUAGCUGACGUUCCCAGGUCCAGACCCAGCCACCAGCUCUUGGGGGGAGUCCCCUGCUCAGCAUUGUCUACACACUGCAAGCAGGUUCUAAUGGGAGCAAGCUGCCCCACCAAGUCCACAGAAGGGUAAAGUUUGUGAUUUUUUUUCUCUUUAAUGUUGUCAUCACCAUCUGACACAGUAAGGAGCACGCUUCUUUGGAAGUUCUGAUCUCCCUGAUCUGUCUUGGUCAUUUGUGUUAUACAACCAAAGUUCUCUACAGACUUUAUUUUUGUACAAUAUCAUUUUGUAACUUUUUACAAAUAAAAGCUCAUUUUUAUUGCUUUC